GUCCAUUAUUUAUUCCCUUCCUCGCGCAUCCCAUUCUCUCCUUGACAGCUUAACGCACACAUACUCUCUCUACCAUUCCUCUCCUUACUUAUCGGAGUUAGGUGGCACGCAUGUCGAAACAGACUUACAGAGUCUGCUGCUGCCACCGGGGGUUCAGGCUUCGUGGCUCCGAGGCACCGCCGGAGAUCAAGUCGCUUUUUGAUCACUACUCUGAGAAUGGCUUUAUGACUGCUGCUCACCUCCAGAGGUUCUUGAUUGAGGUCCAGAAAGAAGAGAAGGCCACAGAAGAUGAAGCCCAGGCCAUCAUCGACGGCCUCAAGCAUAUGAUUAGCUUUCAUCGGAGGGUUCUCGCUCUUGACGGUUUCUUCAAGUAUCUCUUCAGUGAUCAAAACCAACCUCUCUCACCUUCUCUUGGGGUACACCAUGAUAUGACUGCACCGUUGUCUCAUUAUUUCAUAUUCACCGGACACAAUUCCUACCUCACUGGAAAUCAACUCAGUAGUGAUUGCAGUGAUGUUCCCAUUGUACGUGCCCUGCAAAGAGGUGUAAGAGUGAUAGAGCUGGACAUUUGGCCCAAUGAUACAAAGGAUGGUGUGCAUGUUCUUCAUGGAAGGACGCUGACUGCUCCUGUAGAGCUUAUCAAAUGUCUGAGGUCCAUUAAGGAGCAUGCCUUUUCUGUGUCUGAAUAUCCAGUUGUAAUAACUCUAGAAGACCAUCUUACUCCAGAUCUGCAGGCUAAAGUGGCUAAGAUGGUCACUCAAACAUUUGGAGACAUUCUAUUUUUGCCUGGCACGGAAUGCUUGAAGGAAUUUCCUUCUCCAGAAUCACUUAAAAGGAGGAUUAUUAUAUCAACCAAACCGCCUAAGGAGUACCUUGAGGCUAAAGAAGUAAAGGAAAGUGGGGACGAGACACUGAAGGCAAAGACCUCAGGUGAUGAAGAAGCUUGGGGGAAGGAAGUCCCAGGCUUGAAAGCUGGCGCUUUAGCUGAUAACAAGAACCAUGUGGAUGAAGAAGAGGUUAUUGAAGAGGAGGAUCUUGAUGAAGCAGAUAAGUCACAUCAAAAUGGAGCUCCCGAAUAUAGGCGUUUGAUUGCCAUACAUGCUGGAAAACCCAAAGGUGGAAUAGAUGAACUUCUGAAAGUGGAUCCUGAUAAAGUGCGACGUCUAAGCUUAAGUGAGCAAGAGCUUGAGAAAAUGUCUGUAACUCAUGGCAAAGAAAUUGUCAGGUUUACUCAGCGGAAUAUCCUGAGGGUCUAUCCAAAAGGUACACGCAUUGACUCAUCAAAUUAUAACCCACUAAUUGGGUGGAUGCAUGGAGCUCAAAUGGUUGCAUUUAAUAUGCAGGGUUAUGGGAGAUCACUUUGGGUGAUGCAAGGAAUGUUUAAAGCCAAUGGUGGAUGUGGUUAUGUUAAAAAACCAGAUUUCCUACUGAAGACUUUCCCGAAUAAUGAGUUCUUUGAUCCUAAAGCUACGUUACCUGUUAAGACUACAUUGAAGGUGACCGUAUACAUGGGAGAAGGAUGGCAUAAUGAUUUCCAUCAAACCCACUUCGAUCAAUUCUCACCUCCGGACUUCUACACAAGAGUGGGAAUAGCAGGAGUACCAGGUGAUAGUGUGAUGAAGAGGACAAAAGCAAUAGAGGACAAUUGGUUUCCUACAUGGAACGAGACAUUCGAAUUGCCUCUCACCGUUCCAGAACUGGCAGUGCUUCGAAUAGAAGUUCAUGAGUACGAUAUGUCAGAAAAAGAUGACUUUGGUGGCCAAACAUGCCUACCUGUUCCCGAGCUAAGAAGUGGAAUUCGAGCAGUUCCACUACAUAGCCGCAAGGGUGAGAAGUACAACUCCGUGAAGCUCCUUAUGCGCUUUGAGUUUCUGUGAUUUUAUCGUGUACAGUAGUAGACAAGUGCUUGUAGUAACUGUAUAAAUAUCUUGAGAUGUGCUUACUGGUGUAAUAAUUAAUCUAUAAAACUUAUGUGUAUUUUCUUAUUA